GUGCCACGCGAACUGUGAGUAUAUUUACCAUUCGGUAGCAACGUCUGUCAACCGUCGGCCGUCGAUCGCCGGUAAGAGUUAAAGUUGUUCUUUAUUUCUACGUAAGAAUGAAGGGUAGCGCGGAACGAAGGACGGACGGGCGAGUACGCGCCGUCUGAACGGUCUGAACUUCGCCGCGAGUCACCGCGAGACCGGCGAGACUCGCGCGAUCGUGGCCGCGAGUAUACCGCGAGGGCGGAGUGUUUGCGCGCGCGCGCGCGCGCGCGAGCGCGAGGCGGAUACGUCGUUUUAUGCGUAAACGCGCACGGUAUCAUCAAACGCACUUCGUGAAUAUACAACAUCGAAAAAAUCUAGAAAAAAAAGAAACGGAGCAAAGGAUCAUCACGUGUCCGCGACAUAAUUACGCUUGUUAUCGCGCAUCGUGAUACGCGGGACAACGAGAAAUUCGCCCAAGCGGAAAAACUCAAGAUCUAGUGUGGUUCGGACGUUGACGUAUUUCAUUCUUGUAACUUGUCAAAAACAUCAAUCAUGGAGACGCAAACUGAGAUGCCGGGAAACACAACGGUGGGUAGCACGCUACUCGACGAGGAACUUCGUCGAAUUCUAUUGGAACGUGAGCAAGAAUGCAUGAAGCUGAAAGCCGCGAAUACGACGCUGCCGCCGACGGAACCAUAUUGUCGAUUUACUUUCGAUGGAUGGUCCUGUUGGCCGAACACUCCAGCAGGAUCAACAGCUUAUAUAUCAUGUCCUGACUUUAUCACUGGCUUUGAUGCAUCACUGAUGGCGCAUAAAUACUGCGAACUGAAUGGCACGUGGUUCCGUCAUCCCGAAUCAAAUCAAAUAUGGAGCAACUAUACAACUUGUGUGAAUCUACAGGAUCUGAGCUGGCAGCAAAGUAUAAGUGGAAUCUACGAGGUGGGAUACGCAAUAUCCUUGGUAGCUCUCUUGCUUUCCUUAGGAAUUCUCACGUAUUUUCGAUCUCUCAGAUGCGCACGGAUUACACUGCAUAUGAAUCUAUUCACGUCGUUCGCAUUCAACAAUGCUUUGUGGCUGAUCUGGUACAGGUUCAUAGUAGCGAAUGCGGAUCUACUACUUAAUAAUGGCAUACCUUGUCGCGUUCUGCACGUAGUCCUUCAUUACUUUCUAUUAACAAACUACGCUUGGAUGCUCUGCGAAGGCUUCUAUCUGCAUACGUUGCUAGUGAGUGCAUUCACUAGCGAGCACAAAUUAGUGAAUUGGCUGAUGGGACUCGGAUGGCCAGUGCCAGCUGUAAUCGUCACCUUAUAUACAGCUUUACGUGCAUCCAGUGACGAUCCUACAGACACUGAGCAGUGCUGGAUCAAUGAGGGCAAUUAUAUGAACGCGCUGAUUUAUCCCGUAUGCGUUUCCACUUUGUUGAAUCUACUUUUCCUGUUUAAUAUCGUACGAGUUCUUCUCAUGAAGUUACGUGCCGGUCCCGCCAUUGGAACGCGCCCUUCACGAUCUAUGCUGCAAGCUUUCAGGGCCACAUUACUUUUAGUGCCCCUCUUGGGCCUUCACUAUUUAGUAAUUCCAUUUCGGCCGCCAAAAAAUCAUCCUUGGGAGAAUUUUUAUGAGGUUCUUUCAGCAAUCACCGCUUCUUUCCAGGGUCUCUGUGUGGCUGUGCUUUUUUGCUUUUGCAACGGCGAGGUAAUAGCACAAUUCAAGAGAAAGUGGGAUGGCAGCGCCCUUUUACGAAAACGAGCUAAUUCCUGCACGGCUACAACAGUCUCGGUCCGAUGGCGGGAGAGGAGAAGGUGUGACUAUCAGCCGGCAGCAGCGGUGCCGAGGGACGACGACUGCAAUAAGCGAUUGGCGAGCGAAGAUCAGCAACUGCAGCAGUCACAGCAGACCGUGCAGGUGAUCGCCGCGGGCCGGCAGGGCAAUCACGGCAACAAUAAUCACACACGGGUGUUUAUCAAACGCGGUGGCGACGGCGAUGAUUUCUCCCACGACGAGUACGAUCAGACGCAGUGUUGAUGAUCGAAUCGACUGGAAUGAUCAAUACCGAGAAUGAUCGUACUGCGGGACCACAUAGAAAAUUAUUUUCUCUCUCUCUCCCUCCCCCCUCUCUGUCUUUCUCUUUCUUUCUCCCUAUCUUUUAUCCCAAAACCGGUCUCUUCGCAAGUUAGUCGACAAACCGGAAUUGGCAAAACUUAUCGAUUCGUGAUUGACAAAUAUGUCAUUUGUUGGAAACGACAAAUUAUACAGAGAGGUAACGAUAACAAUAAACGAAAUCAGAAAAUUUAUACAAGAUAAAUGUACCACUUAUUAUUAGUCUCAGUGGAUAUAACAUAAUUAU